UUUUUUUUUUUUCUCAGCCUGUGCUCUUUCCAAACUGAUUGUCCAAUGCUUACGAACAACCUUAUAGAUUCUGAGCCUGGAACUCAAUCCUCGGAUGAAAUGUCAAUAUCAAGUCCAUCCACUCAACAGACUUUAGAAGAGACAGGCGGUCGUCGUGUUUUACCUCAAAGUUUCUAUCAAUCAACGCGACCAUAUAAGCGACCACUUUUGACUGUACCGUUUCAUCACCAGAAUCCCAUCUCAAUGACUUCCCCGUAUCGUGAUCAAACGACAACCUUGGUUGAAUACGAAUCUCUCGAACCUGAACACUUUUUUAUCGAUGAACCUCCACCCCCACCACCAUCAGCGAUACCUGUAGAUAUCAAAGAAUACCCAAUAAAAGGUGUCCCAGUCAAGUUCCCAUUCAAACCAUACCAAGCACAAGUCCAGAUGAUGUCAAAGAUCAUUGAAGCUCUCCAGAAAGAACAACACGCUGUAUUGGAAAGUCCAACAGGCUCUGGAAAAUCAUUGGCUUUACUAUGUGGAGCUUUAGCUUGGAGAGAAAAGGAAAAGGAGAAGCGCAUGAAUGAUUACCACUCAACUCAGCAAGUGAAUGAAAUGACGGCGAAUUUGUAUAGUUCUGGGGAAACAAGAUUGGAUACAGAAGAAUUUAUUACAUUGAUGGAUACUAUGGAUUCUCAACAACAAUCAACACAACAAAUGAAACGCUUACCUCGCAUUUAUGUUGGAAGUCGAACGCAUAAACAAGUAACACAAUUGGUUAAGGAACUCAAAGGUCGUACACCAUACCGAUCAAGGAUGUCAGUUUUGGGUAGUCGGGAUCAAUACUGUAUUCAUGGUAAAGUAUCCAAAUCUCUCAACAAGAGUGAAGAUUGUGCUACUCUCAUUGAUACUCGAAGUUGUUAUUAUUCAAAUCGUACUGAUAAACUUACAUCAAGCUCGCAAAUUCAACCUGGUGGACAAAACGAGAUAUGGGAUAUUGAAGAUCUUGUACGCAUUGGAAAACAAGUUCAAGGUUGCCCAUAUUAUGCCUCCAGGACUAUCACUGAAACUGCAGACCUAAUAUUUUGUCCUUACAACUAUCUCAUGGAUCCAAUUAUUCGAAAAGUGAUGGAAAUCAAUACUGCCGGGAAUAUCAUUAUAUUUGACGAAGCACAUAAUAUAGAAAACAUUGCCCGCGAAUCUGGUUCUGUGGAAAUGGAAGAUGUGAAAUUGAAGAUUAUCAAAUAUGAAUUAAGUCAAAUCAUCAGCAAUGGAUUCCUAAUACCAGCACAUGAAAUCCUUUUCCAACUUCUUAGCUGCCUAUUGGCUUGGAUGGAAGAUGUUGAAGAUUUUGAGAGAGAAGAAGAUAAUCAACGAUCACAUCUGUUGACGACGGCGGAAUCCAUUAAAAUUGAAUUACAAGAAUCUCUUAGUGUGAAUGCCACCACUUUGAAAACAAUCAUUUAUCCUGCUUUUGAUCUUGCCUGCCAACACGCUGAACGAAAGCGGGGACGUUCCUCGAAUGGUGAUGAUAUGAAUCUGGAAUCAGAGCAGGAUCUUGAUAUGACGAAUACUGGCAAUGAUGGAGUCAUGGACCCUUUGGAUGAAUACAACGAUAAUAGCAACAACAAUAACAAUAACCAAGGCGAAGGAACACAAAAUGGCUGGAAUCAUUUGACCGUUGCAUCUUUGAAUAUGAUUGAAAAGUUGCUCUUGAUCCUGAAUUAUGUCUUAGAUGAUGAUCAAGAUGGAGCAGACAGUUAUGCUCUGGCAGUGAUAGAGAAUACAAAUCAAGGUGAACAUGGUUGGAAAAGAAAAUUUGCUCUCUGGUGCCUGAAUCCGGCGGUCGUUUUCAAAGAACUUGCCAAAGAUGCUCAUUCCAUAAUAUUGACCAGUGGUACCUUAUCUCCGAUCCAUACAUUUGAAGCAGAAUUAGGAGUGAAAUUUCCAAUCCGACUUGAAGCCAAUCAUGUCAUCCAAUCUUCUCAAGUUAUGGUACAAACUAUACCACGAGGAAUUCCAUUGAAAGGCGUUUACCAUACUAUAUCAACAACUGGUUAUCAAGAUGACAUUGGCGAAGCUAUUGCAAGUAUUUGCGAAACUGUUCCUUUUGGUAUUCUUGUGUUUGCCAAUGCAUACACUACACUAAACAAGUUAAAAAGUCGAUGGGAAAAAACCGGACUCUUGGAUCGUAUUAAGAAAACAAAGCAUUUUAUGUUAGAACCUCGAGGCAAAUCACCAAAGGAAUUCAACAGAACACUCAAGAAAUUUUAUGCUCAUAUCAAGAAAGCUGAAAAUGGGGAAAGUGUUGAAACAGGUGCAGUACUUUUGGCGGUAUAUCGUGGCAAAAUAUCAGAAGGUAUCGAUUUUACUGAUAAUAACUGUCGUGCAGUGAUUGCAACUGGUAUUCCAUUCCCUAUGUGGCAAGAUACGAAGGUGCAAUUGAAAAGAUCCUACAACGAUUCUAGACGUAAUCGACAAGAUACAGUUCUAUCUGGUGAUGAAUGGUACAAUAUCCAAGCAUAUAGAGCCAUCAAUCAAGCUCUUGGAAGAUGUAUCCGUCAUCGAAAUGAUUGGGGUGCUAUUCUUUUACUGGAGGAAAGAUUUCUAGAUAGCCGAAAUACUCAACAACUAUCCAAAUGGAUACGACGUUUGUGUUCAUCGACCAAUACCAAUUUCGACUCGAUCAUGACCAACCUUCAACAAUUUGUAACCCGGCACCGAAGGAUUAAAUUAGAAAAUCAGCAAUCACGGCAACAAGAACAACAACAGUCUCAAAAUGUAGAUAUACCCAAUAUCAAAGGUGAUGAAGAAUCCUUAUCUAGCAAAGAUCAGACACAAGAAACAUCAGAUACGCUGCAGCAACCAGGAAGAGAAAACAAAAACGAUAUCGAAAAACAAUCACAGCAUCUGUCUCAACUUGGAUUGGAUCAUUUGAAAUUAGAUACAGUACCAACAGUGGUAGAAGAUGGCAACAGAAAUGAUGGUGACAAGGAUACGGACAACACGAUCAAACAAGAAAUCAUCCAUCAGGGCGUACCGUCUGCAUUUGAAGUGGAACAACAACAUGUUGACAAUGACUUCGUAUCACAUCCAACAACAUCUGUAUCAUCCCAACCGGUCUUUGGCCAACAAAUGUAUAUCAUCACUUGUAGGAAAUGCUCUCAAUCCAUUUUUACUCGGCCAGCAAGCGCGUUUGCCUUCCGUUCGAUGACAACCGAUCUUUAUCAUUUUCACAACAUUGCCCAACAAGACCUUGAUAAUAGCCAACAAAAGGUGUACUUUACAUCAGUCUUGGUAUUGAACGAACCUUCACUAUGGCAUCCAUCGGAAACAAUAAAUAACGAAAAUUGGAUAUCUUCGCCUGUAUCAACAUCAACAAGAAAUGUGCAAUGGAAUCCAAUGGACAAGAUCGUGUACGAAUCAAUUCUAUCUCCUUGUUGUCGUCGUCAGGUAGGUGCUCACAUCAUUACUACGACUAUUGGUACCAUGGAUUCAAACAUACCAUUGAUUGGCAAGAUCUUACUUGUGAAAGAUUUGGUGGAAGUCACUUCUCGUGUGGCCUGAUCCUUUAUGAACAACAACUGGUUGAUCCCAUUCCUUUUUUUUUUUUUAUGAAGUUAUUGUUACCCUUUUUUUUUUUUUUGAUAUGAAACAUCUGUAGUAUAAUUGUUGUAUUUAUCAUCUAUUACCC